ACUAGUGAACGUUACGUUACUGAAGCUACAUUGGACGCGCAUGCGUCUGAAACUAACGGCCCGGCUAACACAUUGCAUCAGAUGAUCAGAGAAUGAGAGAAGGAUCCAAAGAGGUUUCGGUCUUCUUUUCCAUAGCCGACAGUUUUUCCUAACCUGAAUAGUCGUCAACUUUAACGAUUAAUAUCUCGGUUCACGGAGCAGAGCGACACUUCUUUUUAUCAGAUUCUUUCGUGUAAAACUGCAUCGAUUGAAAUCGAAUUUCAUCAAAAUUGGAUUAGCUGUUAUUAGUUAUCACUACAUUCUUUUUUAAAAAUGGCUACUACUGAUGAUGACAUAAUAAUUGAUCAAACUUUGUCAGAGAGAUUGCUAGAGAAAGGACAAAAAUCACCAUUUCUUAUUGCAAGUUUAAUAAGUUUAGCAGGUAUCUGUGGCUAUGGUAUUUAUGGUUUUAAGAAGAAAAAGAUAUCUACACAGUUAUAUUUAAUACAACUCCGAGUUGCUGCCCAAGGAACAGCAAUAGCUUGUUUAACAAUAGGAAUGGGAUAUCACAUGAUAAAGAAGUAUGUCUUGCACGAUGAAAAAGAACCAUAAUGCUUAAUGUUAGAUUAAUAGCUUAAUUGUUUAAUAAAAUAAUAGGAAUUAGAAAUAUGAAAAGUA